UCUGUCGGGCAACACUGAACCAGAAUCUGUACAUCGCCUCAGUCAAUAUGGGUUCUGCAAUGCUUGCUGUUGCAAUUUCCAAUUUGCUCCCUGCCUUCACCUUCAUUUUGGCCGUCCUAUUCAGAUUGGAGAAGCUACAAAUGAAGAGCCGAGCAAGCCAGGUGAAGGUGAUUGGUACCUUCAUAGGGAUGGGUGGAGCUGCAGUGCUCACCUUCUGCAAAGGGCACAAGACUCCAGCUCUGGCCCAUUCAUGCCCACCUGGUGUGCCGGCAGGCUGGGUCGCCAGAGCUGGGCAACCUAGCGCUGGGAUCGCUCUUGGCUACAGCAAACACUUUGUGCUGUGCCAUAUGGUUCAUCAUCCAUGUAAUGUGGGCAACCUAGCGCUGGGAUCGCUCUUGGCUACAGCAAACACUUUGUGCUGUGCCAUAUGGUUCAUCAUCCAUGGGAAGAGGAGCGAGAGGUACCCAGACCCGUAUACGAGCACUACGUUACUCAAUCUGAUUGCAGCCGUCCAGUGCACAUGCAUUGCAGCCAUUACUGAGAGAGAUGCAUCUGCAUGGAAGCUCCAUUGGGAUGUUAAUCUCUUCACUGCCCUCUACGUGAGAGGACAUUUGUUUGUCUCUGUGUUUACCCCCUUGCCUCUCAUCAUUGUCACCCUGUUUGGAUCCAUAUUGAUUGAGGAGCCUCUUCAUUUGGGAAGUGUGUUGGGCACCGGAUUGAUCAUCAUGGGCCUGUACACUGUGUUGUGGGGCAAAGGGAAAGAGAUUGAGGGGCUUGGUAGGCUUCCAACACAAAAGUCAGUGGCUGGAGAAGGAGCCAAAGCAGGUUUGGAUGGUGUGCACCCAAAGCCUCCGGGAGGAAGGCCAGAAGAGAGCAGAAAGGAAGAAAAAGAUGCUGUUGAUCAAUUUGCUGGUGGAUUACAAAGCAUUCAUGGUUCUCUCUAA